UAUAAAUUGUACUAAACUAGUCGAGCAGAUAGAGAUCAAAGCAAGAGGCUUGCGAGAAAGAGUAGAUUAUCAACUCAAAAUUAGAUUAGAAUAAACUCAGACAUGGGAGACCAGAUGCGCUAUGCCACUAGUGCCCAGAUUAUUGGAGUGAUAUAUAGAGAGGCAUUUCAAGUCAAGAUGUUUAUGAUCUCCAUACUGUGGUCUGAUGAGAGUGAAGUAAUUGUCUACAGAUCAUUCCUAGAUUUGAAGGAGUUUCAUAGACAAUUGAAGAAGAGGUUUUUCCUUGAGAAUCCUUUCCGCAAGAGAGACAGAGUGAUUCCUAAAUUCAGAGCCACAGCUAUGAGGAGAAAGAUCCAGGAGAAGGGUCCUAGUUGGUUGAUGCGUCGGAUGAACUUACUGGAGAACUACUGCAGCGACCUGCUCAGGUGUGACCCCUCCGUGACCCGCAGUUCAGAGGUCACUCGGUUCUUCAUGCCCAAAGACCACGACCUGCAGGCAGACUUCACCAAGAACAGUGUCAUGAUGCUGCCAUCGAAGGAGGGGGUGGGGAACAUGAGCGGGCAGCGUCUGAGCGUGGGCAAUAGGACACACACCUUUAUUAGCCAGUCUUACCGCUGUGUGGGGCCCUACAACACCAAGGACACUAAGAACAGGCCCUUUAAAGUGGCCUUGGAUGAGAGGCUGGACGUGCUCAUCAAAGACCCGGCAGGCUGGUGGCUGGUGGAGAACGAGGAUAAACGGUUGGCCUGGUUCCCUGCUCCCUACCUGGAGAUGUGUGAGGCAGAGGAGGAUGAAGAUGAAAUGGAUGGAAUUCCCUUGGGGGGAACUCUCUACUGUGCUGUGAGGAGUUACUCCACUAACAACAAUGACGAGGUGCCUGUUCCUAUUGGCUCUGUGGUAGAGGUGCUGAGGAAAUCAGAUGACGGAUGGUGGCUCAUCAGGUAUAAUGGCAGGAUGGGCUAUGUUCCCUCCAUGUACCUGCAGCCCUACAACAACCCACGUGCUGGCCUCCACACCCUGCAGAGGAAGCUGCACAGCUCCUCUCUCAAUCUGGCAACCCACAUGAACAGCUCUACUCUCAACCUGGCAUUAAGUGGUGGAAGCCAAUCUAGCAACCGCUACCCAGCCACCCUGAAUGAGGAGACAGAGCUUAAGGAGCAUACUACCCAGCCCAGGGGUAAUCCGUACCGGGCUCCCCAUCUCCAAAAGACCCGCUCUCUGGAGAUCCUGUCUGAGACCCGUCUCGGCAUGGCCGUCCCUCCAUCCCAAAGAGAGAGAGAAGGCCUGGAGUCAAACCUGAAUCCGGCAAUCCGCAAGAGCACCAUCAGCGGGGCAGAGGCCUCCAUCUCUGACUUCAGCUCGUCAGGCAUUGAGUCUCUGGACCGGAGUGUCAGGGCGUAUUCCUCCAGUGAGGAGGACCCCCUAAGCCCCCCACACAGCCCCAAGUCCUCACCCGAGCCAUGGGAGAGGAAUAGUGUCCGCAGCCGCCCAGAUGAGAGCCUCUCCUCCAGCUCCAGGCCUGAGGCUGGGUCCUGUAAGAUGCCCACCGCUGUCCCCAGGGUGCCCACGCGACCCAGAGCCCAUGAGAUCCUGACUCGGUGUACCACCAUGACCCGCAAGGCUGCCCUGGCCUCCAGGGGGGAGUUCUCCCUGCAGAACCCCAUCCAAACCCUCUAGAAAGGUUGGCAGCAGUGGUAGGGGUAGUAGGACAAAGGGUCAUGGGGAGCCGUGGGGGUUUUGGGGUUAGGUGUAGCGCAAUACUUUGAGUAUGGCUCAUGAGACUAUGGUUAAAUUAGCAUAAGAAUGCCUAUGCUGUAUGCUACACUAACUAUGACUCCAUCCAACCCUUUUUAUGCGAGUAAUGUACCUGUCAAAUAAAAAACUCUCGACAGGCCUUUUAUCCAUAAUCAGAGUUAAGAUGGGAAGGAAACACAUUGUACUUCUGUUUUUUAUUCAGUAACUUAAAAGUUAUGUGACAAGGUACUUUUUCAAAUGUGUACAGUCUCAUACGCUUUAGAUCUACCCCUUUAUAGUUGACCAAUGACUGGUUUGUUUGUAGUUGACCAAUGACUGGUUUGUUUGUUGUUGACCAAUGACUGGUUUGUUUGUUGUAGCCUACAUCUCAUUCUUCUAUUGGAUUCUGAAGUCACUGUUAUUCCAUACUGGAAUUUUACUCUAACUAUUUACCAUUACUGUCUGUAUGCCUUAUAUGCAUGUCUAACUAAUAUAGUGUGCAUUAAACAAUAUCCUAUACACUGAA